AGUUCUUUGUCUUUGAGGGAUUUAUCAAUCCCGUAGAUUCCUGAGGCAGUUUGAAAAUGUGCUACUUAUCAGAUAUCAACAGACUGUGUGAGGAGAGUACUAGCAGCUCUUGUGUUCUCAUGCGUUGCGUUCAAAUCUCAGUACUUCCUCGCACGCUGAAGGAAACAUUCUGCGAUUGGUAUAAUUCGCUCUUAGCUGGAGGGUGUAUGGCUGGCCUCAUACUUUUAGAUGGCAAAUUGGGAGGACUUCAUUGCAUUUGAUAUCACAUGACAAUCCUGCUGGAAGUGCACAAGUAUUCAAGAAAAAUGAAUACUAUACGCCCUCUACGAUACGGACUUCAUACUUGACAUGCUAAGAACUGUGGAAUACGUCGAGAACAGAGUGGAAUUGGAGGUUUGUGGGUGUGAGGUAGAGAAUGGCAUCUGAAUCACCUUGCGUCUCUACUCGAUUCUUCUGUAGGUUCAACCUCCAGUGCGAAUUUAUAAACUUAUCCCUCCGCUACUAUUCGAAUUAGGAUGGGCCCAUGUAUUGUGGGAAUAAUAGAACAACUUUCUUUUGGUUUUGAUAAAGCCCAGGAACUAUUCUCGAUAGGAAUUAUUGAGUGAUACUCGAAAAACGAAAGAGUAUAUGCAAUACAAAAUAUUGUCUAAUAUGUACACAGCAAAGGCAGAUUCUGUUGGUAUCCUUUUGGAAUUGAACUGCGAAAUCGACGGUAGAAAUGAUGAAGCCCGUGAAUAAACAUGUCCAAUAGCUUUUCCCCUCAACUGAUAGAGCCAGAGAGACGGAAAUGAGAUUUCUAACGCACUUUAUGAAUCCUUUACUGAGAAUGGAAUAUGUGAGACUCUUGGAGAGAUCUCGAGGAGGGUUGGUCCAAAAAUAUCAGCCUUGUAUAUUAGGCUCGAAUUCUAGACUUAUCCAGUUUCAACUUUCCAGCUCGCUCUCCAUAGCAAAGCUCAAUUCAGAAACUCUCAAAGGAAAAGAGGCCAUGGACAAGCGAAGAUGUCAAUUCGCCCUUCUGUCAAAUCAUGGUCUUCGACUUUAAGACUACCUAAAUCUUCUUUUCCUCCUCGACCUCUCCCUGCAGAGCAACCAAAAUACCUUCAACGAUGCUCCGAUCAUCUUUACAAAUGGCAAAGCCAUGAAAGAUCUUCUAAGAAGCCGUUUGUUCUUCAUGAUGGUCCUCCAUACGCCAACGGACCUCUUCAUGUGGGACAUGCUGUAAAUAAACUCUUGAAGGAUAUUAUUUGUCGAACCAAGCUUCAACAGGGUCGCCGAGUUGUGUGGGUUCCAGGAUGGGAUUGCCAUGGUCUUCCGAUCGAGAUCAAGGCUCUUGAGCAAGAACGCGAGAAGAAUAAAGAUGGUGGAGGGGUAUUGGAUGCCAUUGGAAUUCGAAAAGCUGCUCGGAGCCUAGCAAGCAAAACCGUAAAAGAACAUAUGAAAGGCUUCCGGGAAUGGGGAGUUAUGGCAGAUUGGGAUAAGGCCUGGAAGACGAUGGACAAGACAUUCGAAACCAAACAACUUGCAGUUUUUCAGGAAAUGGUCAAGAAAGGCCUCAUUUUUCGACGUUACAAACCGGUAUAUUGGUCACCUUCAUCACGGACAGCUCUUGCGGAAGCGGAGCUCGAGUACAACAACGAACAUAUUUCGACGUCUGCUUAUAUCAAAUUUCCUAUCACGAACAUUUCCAACGAACUAAAGGACAUUAUCCCCAAUUUGAAUAAACUUUCGGCAUUGAUAUGGACUACUACACCGUGGACCCUUCCCGCAAAUAGAGCCAUUGCAUUUCAUCAAGAUCUGACUUAUUCUAUUGUCAAAUGUGACGACGAACACCUGAUCAUUGCCGAUUCUAGAAUCUCUGCACUACAAGAGUCAUGUUUCAAAGAUAAAGCCGUCGAGAUUGUUCAACGAAAUAUACCUAACUCUGUCCUCAAAACUCUGACGUAUACCAAUCAACUUCGUGGCCAAAACUCUGAUGUUCAACCCUUGAUUCAUGCCGAUUUCGUAUCGGCUGAUUCUGGCACUGGACUGGUUCAUUGCGCCCCUGGCCAUGGUAUGGAUGAUUAUGAGGUUUGCACUCGUCUUGGUAUAGAAGCUGUUGCUCCUGUGAAUGAUCUUGGCUGCUUUACCGAUGCUGCUCUUCCUGACGAUCCAAGUGCUUUGUCAGGUAAGUCGGUUUUAAAUGAUGGCAAUAUGGAGGUUCUGAAACUUCUUGGAGAUCAAGUGCUAUUCAUAUCAAAAUACAAGCAUAAGUAUCCAUACGAUUGGCGAACAAAGCUUCCAGUCAUUGUCAGAGCCACAGAACAGUGGUUUGCAGAUGUUGGAGAUGUCAAGAGUGUAGCUCUAGAAAGGUUAAACGAUGUGUCAUUCAUCCCUCAAACCGGAAAGCAAAGAUUAGAAAGCUUCAUCAAGUCUAGGAGUGAAUGGUGUAUUUCGAGACAACGAGCUUGGGGGGUUCCAAUACCUGCACUGUAUGACGAAACUGGCACAGCCUUGUUAACUGAUGCAAGUGUUGCACAUAUUCUAUCUGUUAUCGAUGAACGAGGCAUUGAUGCAUGGUGGUCAGAUGCAGAGAACGAUCCGGCAUGGAUUCCCGCCGGAAUGAACGGUACAUAUCGACGAGGCAAAGAUACUAUGGAUGUUUGGUUUGACAGUGGCACUAGUUGGUCGCAGACCGACCAACGUGCUGAUGUCUACUCUGAAGGCACUGAUCAACACAGAGGGUGGUUUCAAUCAAGUCUAUUAACUCACACCGCUGUUGCUGAUAGUUCAGAGGCACCUUUCAAAACAUUGAUAACACACGGAUUUACUCUUGAUCAAAAUGGCAAAAAAAUGUCUAAAUCAAUUGGGAAUACAAUAGCACCAAGCCAAAUAAUGGAUGGUUCCCUUCUUCCGCCUGUGAAGAUAAAGAAGAAGGGCGGUAACAUUUCUCAAGGACUGGGAGCUGAUGCAUUACGCUUAUGGGUCGCCAGCAGCGAUUAUACUAAGGACCUUGUCAUUGGUCAACCAGUUCUUGCGACUGUAAACUCCGCUUUACUAAAGUAUCGAAUCACCUUCAAAAUGUUGCUCGGGUCAAUGCAUCAGAGUGCGAGGACUUCACCAUUGACCAAACUGGACAAAAUAGCUUUGGUACAAUUGCGAACAGUCAUGGCUGAAGUCGAGUCGGCUUAUGAUUCAUACGAGUUUAACAAAGCUGUAAGUGCAAUCAAUCGAUGGAUUCACACAGACCUUUCCGCAUUUUACCUUGAAGCUAGUAAGGAUAGGCUUUACUGCGGUGACGGAGGAGGUGUCCUGGAAGAGAUAUUCCAUGGUCUUCUGAAAAUGUUAACUCCAAUCACUCCUUGCCUUGUUGAAGAGGUUUGGAACCAUCUGCCUGCCUGGAUGGCUGCGGAAAACCCAGUUCAUCCAUUUCAUCGUGAAUUUCUUGAUCCUAUCAUCUCUUCGAGUCGGCUCUCUGCCGAAGAAUGUUCAUUGAUUGAGCAAGAUAUUCCAUGGUUAUUAAACGCACAGAUUGCCAUCAAGAGCGCACAAGAAGAGGCUCGCUCUGAAAAGAUCAUCGGGUCUUCUUUAGAAUCAUCCGUGUUGAUAGAUAUGCCAUCAAAAGGCCAGGAGAUAUUCAAGCGCUAUGCAGAUGAGCUAGAAAGUAUCUUUGUUGUAUCAUCCGUGGAGUUCGGUAGCGAUGUUAAUAGAGGUGAUUGGAAAUUUUCCGCGAAGUUGAAUCCACCAGGAUGGCAUAACCCGGAUGACGCAGGAAAAGUAUGGGUUCUACCUCCUAAGGACAAAAAGUGCCCUAGAUGUUGGAGGUAUGUAGCUCCAGUAGAGGAUGAGCUUUGUAGGAGAUGCGAAGAUGCUAUUGCUGUAUAAGUGUUGUUUAUGUACGAGUAUGUCAAUGAAUAAAAGAUACCCACUUCUCACACUGUCAACCGCAUUCAACCAUAUGAGCUGUUCAAGCAUUAUUUAUCAAAAAAAUCCAACAAUCCAUCACAAAA